GAUCAGAGUCAGAGUCGGAGGUUGUCAGAGUUUCAAGUGCACACCUGGUGCGAGUUGUAUCGCGUCAAGCAAUAUUUCAGCAGCGUGAGUUACUUGGUGCUUGUACUGACUUGCAUAGCGCGGGCAGCGUUAAGUUCAGCAACGAGCACUCAGCACAGCAUAUGAUUCAGGCGGAACAGAAUCUGAUAACGGAUUCUGACAGCUGCAAUCCUCUGAUCUUUUGGUUGGAGAAACUCUUCUUGAGGCUCUGCAGCUGCCAGUCCUUCCCUCGAUUGCUUUCCUAAGCUCAACCAAGUGGACUUCAUGUUUUUGUAGAACGGCCCAAUCCGUUCAUUGAGAUCAGGGACGCCGCCUUCCUUCGCGCCAAAGCAUGGUCUUCUGGAAGUCUGGGGCAAAAGAUGGCCCCCUCACGCCGAGUUCCGCAGUUGAACAUCGCAGGCAUUGGGUCGCCAAGAGAAGCACCCCUUGAGAAAUCUGAGGAAACCCUAGUCCCAAUCAGGAACCCUAUUUCUGAUGUGGUCUCUCCUCAGCCUGCCACAGGAUCUCACAACGAAAGCCAUGCAUUCUCCUCUGAGCAGCCAGUUGGGGUUGCUGCACAGCAUGCGGGCUCGGUUAUACAUAAGAGCUCGCACGAGUGGAAGCUCCUCUCGCCACGCAGCCUCGCAGCUCUCCAAUUCACGAACGAGUUGGACAACAUCCUCUCCAAGACUAACCUCAAGUCGGCGCCAAAUUCGCCCCGGCAGGGGGGUGCGAAUGGACCCGUGGGGAGACCCCAUCCGGGCACCAUACUGCGCAGCAAGAGCCAAAUCAUGGGCACGAACGCAGGCAGCGUUCCAACCCUCCUGGUCAACCAAAUGCUUGUUGGGGGUUCCAAAGAUAAGGAGAGCCAGUCUGCUGCGCCGAGUCCCAGGUUAUCCAAACCGAGUUUCGCGCAGACCCCUCCGCACUCUCCAGGGGGUUUGUUCAUCGAGCAAUUGGGAGGGAGUCAAUUCCAGCAAGCCAGGUUGGGGGCGCCAGAGAUCAGCCGGUUUGGGGCCGAGAGGUGGUUAGGCACUAACCCUGGUACUGACCAGCCCACUCCAGUCCCGGGGGAGUCAGCCCAGGCGGAGCCGAUUAUGCGGAACAAGGACAUGGUUAAGAGGCUGCAGCUGGAGAAAGGAAGCGGCGCGCCACGGAAGCGAAGCAGCAACGAGGGGAAGCUGCAAAAUAGGCCGCCCGACAGAGCGUCAGGGGUUUGGAGGCUUGAGGAUGCUGCCCCUCAGGAAAGCGCCAGCUUAGACGGCCUGGUGUCAAACUCCCUAGAGCUCGUGAAGAAGGAGAAUGGCUUGGGGGCUUUGACACCAGGGAACGGGGUUGCGGAGGAGAGGAAAGUCAAGCGGGGGCCAAUUCGAAUCAGGGCGGUUAAGCUGCCAGAACAGAGGAUUGUUGAGCAGGCGUCGUUAGGAGAGAGGGGAAAGGGGAGCCCAAGGGGGGACAGUAUUGGGGGGCAGCUCAAACUGGAAAUUGCUCCGGUAGAGACCCCCAUCGAAGCGAAACCGGAGCCCGAGUUUGUGAUAACCUGGACGGGGGAUCCCCCUCUCUUUCCCCAACCAAACCACGGCCGCGCCGCCACUCACGUCCCCCAACCCCUCUCCCUCCUCACCGCUCGCCAAGUGUCCGUCCUCAACCUCCCCGCUGACAUCAGCAAGAUGUCACCCAAGCACUCCCCCGGGGGGGGCAGCCCGCGCACGCCGCCAGUCUCCUCCGACCCCCCCCCCGUGCCUGAAAAGCACUUUCCGAUGGCGCCCCCCCAGCUCGGAUCGCUCACUCAGCGGCUGUAUGAAAAAGAUGACGUGCGGUUACUCCCCGGGUUUGGCGCUAACCACUGGGUAGUUUACGACCGGGAAAACCAGGCGGACCUCACGCCGUUCCCCACGUGGAAACCCCCCCGGAACGAGCCCCCGAAAAACGCGGAGCGCUCGCCCCGUGGGCCCACCCCCGGGUUCGAAAACGCGGUUAGCCCCCUAACCGGGGGGAAAACUAAAAGCGCGCUGCAGGUCGGUUUCGAAAACCUGAAAAUUGGGGCGGAUCUGAAAGGGAUCCUUGAGGGUCUCGCGAGCGACGUGGCGCCUCUUCAGCCCGCCAGCCACAACGCGCUAAUCCGCGUGGUUAAGGAGACGGAUUCCAGCGCAACUAGCAGCGGGAGGAAUACGCCCCGGGCGGCGGACGUGUUGAGCUUCGAGUCGCGGUUCGAGACUGGGAACUUGCGAAAGGCGACGCUGGUUGAAGAUAACGAGUACGAUUUGAUGUUGCAAACGGACGUCGGGAUGUCGGGUCACACGCAGUGGUUCUACUUCGGCGUGCGGAACAUGCGGCCCAAGACGAGGUACAAGUUCAACGUCCUUAACCUGCUCAAACCGAAGAGCCUUUUCCAAGAGGGGAUGCGCAUUCUCGCAUACUCAGAGCGUCUGGCAUCGACGAUUAAGCAGGGGUGGUUUCGUACCGGGGACGAGAUUGCGUACUUUCCGAACAAGGUUAAGAAGAAAGGGACGGGUUACUACACGCUAACCUUCGUGCUGGACCCGCCGUUUGCGGACGACACGCUCUACCUGGCGUACUGCUACCCGUAUACGUAUACGGAUCUGCAAGCGUAUCUGAAGGCUUUGUGUUCCGAUCCUGUCCGGUCGCCCUUCGUCGAACGGGAGCUCCUCUGUCGGACGCUGUCCGGAAACCGGUGCGAUCUGCUGACCAUCACCUCGCGUGGCGGGCAGGAAAAGGGCAAGCCCAAGAAGCGCGCGGUGGUCCUGUCCGCGCGCGUGCACCCGGGGGAGAGCAACGCGAGCUGGAUGAUGAAGGGCGCGCUCGACUUUCUCACCAGUGCGCGGCCCGAGGCGGAGAAACUGCGCGAGACCACGAUAUUCAAGAUCAUUCCGAUGCUGAACCCCGACGGCGUGAUCAACGGCAAUCACCGGUGCUCGCUCGCGCAAGUGGACCUGAACCGUCUUUACACCAGCCCGCUCCAAGAGCGCCACCCCACGGUGUGGCACAUCAAGGAGAUGGUGAAAAGGCUCCAGCAGGAGAGGGAGGUCAUAGCGUAUGUGGACCUGCACGGGCACUCAGCCAAGAAGAACAUCUUCAUGUACGGCUGCGAGAACAAGCACGCCCCCGCGGCCGCACCCGACGCCACCCCCGCGCCGCCGAGCUACGCGGCCGCGGCCGCGACCCGCCUCGCGGAGCGCGUCUUCCCAUACCUAGUUUCCAAGGCGGCUCCGGACGCGUUCUCGUUUCCGGACUGCAAUUUCCGCGUCCAAAAGUCCAAAGAGUCGACGGCGCGCGUCGUGGGCUGGCGCGAGUUUGGGCUGCUCAACUGCCUGACGCUCGAGGCGUCGUUUGCGGGGCCGUCGAUCGGGCGCGUAGCAAACCACCACUUUACCAUGGCCGAUCUGAUGGACAUGGGCGCCUCGCUCUGCCGCGCGCUCCUCGAAUACUGCACGGUCGCCGAAACGCCUUCCCCCGAGCGGUCUCUCCCAGACAUCCUCAAAGAGGUGGAGGCCGCCCAACCGGGCACUUCUCAGGGCGACCCAAACGGCUCCGACGAAGACUCCGAAGCCGGGAGCAGCGCGAGCGACGACGUUCCGCACGAUUUGCGUCAGGGAAAGGGCGGCCUCGCGUGGGCGCUCGGCGGCCGCAAGAGCGCCAAAACCCCGGGGGUUCCGGCGGGCGACGGUGCGGCCGCGGCUGCGGCCGCGCGCGCGCCCGCGAAGCGGAAGAAGCGGCGGAAGAAGGCGCGGAAGGUGGACCUCGAGGAGAUGGCACGCAAGAUGGGGACGGCGAAAGUGCACAGCGAGAUGGCCGCGAGCGUGUCGGCGAUGCUCCAGGCGAAGGGCGGCCGCGGGGUGGUUUGCGAAACCCCGCAUAAACCCGGGCGCUCGUCGUGGGCGCGGCCGUGGCCCGACGUCGCGCGGUUGUUGGGCGGCGAGGGGUUUGGGGUUUUAGACAAAGGGGCGUCGUUCCGGCGGCUUCCGGUGGAAGCCCCGAUUGUGGACCUAGGAGUUGAGGGGUCGGUGAUCAAACGGGCACCCCGGAGAACUAGCAAGGGCAACAUCCCGUUGCCCCGGUUGGAAAAGGGGACGUCGUUUAAACUGGCCCCCAUGCGGGAGCCCCCGCCCGACCUAGACUUGUCGUGGCUGCCGCCGCUUUGAGUUGGAAGAAUCGCGUUUUACCUCGUAGGUGAAGGACGCUCGCAUGCCAUUUGUGUUGGUUCUUGGCUUGCCGGUCGUUUGUGAUUCUUGGGCACUGCUUGGAGCAAGCAAAAUAAGGACGUACGAGCAAGGACCAAGAAAGUGUCGCCUGCUUCCACUGUCCACUGACUGAGAGCUCGAGAAUUCUUUACUAAUCGUUGCGGUCAUGGCAAUUCUUUCGGCAACUAUGACGACAUUUUCAGUUCGUUGCAACAGACAAGGCUCAAGCACAGA